GUCCGAGCGAGCAGACAGGUGGAGGGAAACGAAGGUGUGCGAGCGGCCGCGCUGCGUCCCGUCUGUUUGUUGAGUAUCCUCACGACUGCUGCAGGCACCUUCGUUCGGCGGGCUUUUCCGGACCUGCCGACUUCGAAGAACCAUGGCUCGCCGCAGGUCGACGUCCUCUGCGUCAUCCGUGCACUGCACCGUCCCAGAGCUGACACUUGAAGACUAUGACCCCAAGCCCGAUGAGGAGCUGAUCUGCGUGAUCUGCCACUCUGUGCUGAGUGAGCCUGUCGAGUGCCACUGCCGGCACGUCUUCUGCCGCCGCUGCAUCUCCGAGUGGGUCCGCAAAAACAACAGCUGCCCCGUGUGUCGCAAACGGGCCGUCUCGGCCUUCAUGCCCACCCUGCCUCUUGUGCAGAACAUGGUCAACCGUCUCAAGGUAAAGUGCCGAAAUUCUGGAUGUGAUGCCCGUGUAGCUGCAGAAAGUUUUGCGAACCACGUGAAUUCGUGCGAGUUUCACGAGGUCGGCUGUCCGCACGAGGCAUGCGAGCACCGUUGUGCACGUCGCGAGCUGGAGUCUCACGUAAGGCAGUGCCCACUUCGUGAAGUCACUUGCGAGCAAGGCUGUGGACUUGUGCUCACUCGGGACCGUCUCAAGACCCACAGCUGUGUGGAGGAGCUGAAGCGUAAGCUAGAUGAUGCCACGUCAGAGCGUGAUGACUGGAAACAGAAGGCUGAGGAAACUACACAUGCUCUGAACAGGCUUCGCGACACAUUACGCCGAUUGGGUGACUCGGUGGAAGGCCUGCAAAACAGCCUCGGUGACCUUGGCACGCGGCUGCGCUGCGCUGAGACAAUGGCAGCGUCUGGCCAGCGUGGCCACCGAUCAGCAGUGGCGCUGCGGACAGGCCGCACUACGCGCGACAGCUUUGUUAGUGGCAGCAGCUUGUAUCCAGGUGUUCUGUUCGGUACGCGAACAGCGCGACUUCUGGACGAAAUCGAAAGUGACUCCGACCGUAGCUGGAGUCCACACUCCGAAGGAUCACGCGAGUCACUCGAGAUCUUUGUUGAUUUUAAUGCCUGAGCAUUGCAGUACUUUCUAGUUAACUUAGAAAGCUUCUUGCAGUUUGUGCUCAGUAGAUUUGAAGUGUUGGUUUCAUCAAACUUUUUCAGUUGUACGUGUUUGUUUGCUAAGUGACAGUUAACAGAGUUCAGUCUAUUUUUUCUGUUUGGUUUUUCUGUUACCACUUAUCGUUUGUGACUUAGCAGACUCCUCUGACAAUACAUAUUUGUUGCUCCUGUUUGGCUGCCCUGCAGGGCAGGGAUUCUACUGACUUUUCAAUGAAAUUUGCCAAACGACAAGCCAAGAAUCGUCAUUUUUCUUCAAAUGUCGUCGAAAAUGUUGCCACUCUUCAUGUCUGUGGCAUGUCAAGUUAUACAAAUUGCUAAUUAUGUAUAUCCCAGUGCAGUACAGUGCCAUCCAUAACCCUUCAAUUAUACUGACGUUUUUUAAUGCCAGUCGCAUCACUCACUUCACCAAGGGAGGGCUUAGUCGGCUUGGAGCCCUUUCACCCACUUCACCAUUUGCACCAGCAGCGUUCCUGAACGCUAGCAUCUCAUCAGACAAGUUUAAGAUGGUUUCAGUGGUAGCAUAUACAAGGUGAAGCAGCCCCUACAAUUUUAUGUCACCAUGGGCCCUUCGAUUUGGCAAAUUUGGUGAAAAGCAGCCACCAGUGGCAAACCUGUCGCCGGGUUGGUCUAUUGGCUACGGUACUCAACUCCUGACCCGAAGGUUGCGGGAGCGUACCCCGGCUGCGGCAGCUGCAUUUUCAGUAGAGGCGAAAAUGCU